GAGGUCCCCAAACCCCAAUUCAUGACCAAGACGUUGGAGGAGCUGCAGAUCGGCACCUACAGCAACAUCGCCGUGGUGAGGACCAGCACCCCCAUCUACGUGGCCUUGGGCAUCUUCGUGCAGCACCGAGUGUCUGCUCUGCCUGUGGUCGAUGAGUCGGGGCGGGUGGUGGAUAUCUACUCCAAAUUCGAUGUUAUUAACCUGGCAGCUGAGAAGACCUACAACAACCUGGACGUGACGGUGACGCGGGCGCUGCAGCAUCGCUCCCACUACUUCGAGGGCGUCCUCAAGUGUUACAAACAUGAGACCUUGGAAACCAUCAUCAAC